AUGGCUGGCUGCAAUACAGACUGCGUGGAGAGACCAAUCUCCAUUGGAUUCAUGAAGUUCGGACGUUUUGUGGGGAGACAUCCGUGGUGGUUCUUCUUAUGUCCUUUAUUUAUUUCUGCUUGUUUGGGCAGCGGAUUUUACUUUCUGGAAGACCGCGAGGCUAAUGACAUCGAGGAGCAGUUUACACCUGUUAAUGGCCCGGCUAAAUUGGAGCGACUGUUUGUUCAGGAAAACUUUCCGCAGAACGACUCCGUCUUUUCCAACCAGAGGCUGUACACGGAUGGUGUAUACGCGUCAUUCAUUGCGGUUUCGAAGUCACCCAACAUCCUUACUCAAGAUGCUCUCAAUGAAAUACUAAAGUUGGACAAAAAACUGAGAGAGCUGAACGUCUCCAUGGGUGAUGAAGUGUUAACUUAUGAUGGGCUGUGUGCCAGGAAAUUUAACAAAUGCAUGCCAAAUAAGAUACUAGACGUCGUACAUUAUUAUGGGGACAAGAUUGAACGGACCGAACUCACUUUUCCUUUUCUUCGAUUUGGAUUUACUAGUGUGUUUCUGGGAUAUUCUGUCGGUGGAGUAACGCUCAAUUCGACUGUCAUCAAGAGCGCAAAGGCCGUGCGGUUGUUUUACUUUCUCAAGCACGGCAACCGCUCCAGGACAGAUUUGUGGCUCAAUGGAUUUCUCAAGGAGUUUAACACCAAUCUGAAUCUCACGUUUGUUAAGGUUACCUACUCAACCUCAUUGUCAAGACAGGUGGAGUUUGAGGCAAACACAAAGGAUGUGAUCCCGCUGUUUUCCAUCACCUAUGUCAUCGCCAUUGUGUUUUCUAUUCUCUCUUGCUUAAGGUUUGACUGUGUGAGGAAUAAAGUAUGGGUGGCCACCUUUGGUGUCCUCUCCGCUGGUCUGGCAGUGCUGUCUUCCUUCGGCAUGAUGCUCCACAUAGGAGUCCCCUUUGUCAUGACCGUGGCCAACUCUCCUUUUCUCAUAUUGGGUAUCGGAGUGGACGACAUGUUCAUCCUCAUCUCCUGCUGGCAGCAGACCAACGUGCACGACAAGGUGGAGGACCGGCUGGCCAAGACCUACAAGGAGGCGGCCGUCUCCAUCACCAUCACCACGCUGACGGACGUGCUGGCCUUCUACAUCGGCCUGAUGACCCCCUUCCGCUCGGUGCAGUCAUUCUGCCUCUACACCAGUGCCGCCAUCCUCUUCUGCUACGCCUACAGCAUCACCUUCUUCGGGGCCUUCCUAGUGCUCAACGGACGCAGAGAGAAUAGCAACAAGCACUGGCUGACCUGCAAGGAGGUGGCCGAGGCAGGCCCGACGACGGGAGAAUCCAAGGCCAAGAAAGAGAACAAAUGGUUCAACCUGUGCUGUGUAGGGGGAGCGUACGACCAGCACACGGGCAGGGAGGAGGUCCAGCCCAUGAACCACUUCUUCAAGAACUACUACGGGCCUUUCCUGACCAAGUCGGGCAGCAAGGCGUUGGUGAUUCUGCUCUACGCCACGUACCUGAGCGUCAGCCUGUACGGAUGCUUCCAGAUCCAGGAGGGCAUCGACCUGCGUAACCUGGCAGCCGACGACUCCUACGUGGUUAAGUACUACAACGACGAGAAGGAGUACUUUUCCGAGUACGGACCAAACAUCAUGGUGGUCAUACACAAGGAGUUUGCCUACUGGGACGAGAAAAACAUGUCCGACCUGGAGACGUGCGUGGAGGACUUCAAAAGCCUGUCGUUCAUCGAGAAGAACAUUUUCACCUCCUGGUUGAAAUCGUACAAAUACUACGGAUAUCACACCAAGCUGAAUUUGACCGCCGAGGACGUGUUCAAGAAAAACCUCGGCUUGUUCCUGAGGUUCUACUCGGAUUUCAAGCAAGACAUCAACAUCACAAACAACUCCAUUCACGCCUCUCGUUUCUUCAUCCAGACCGUCAACAUAUCCACCGCCAUCGAUGAGAUGAACAUGCUCAACAAGUUGCGCGACACCGCCAAGAAGUGCCCGGUUCCCCUAAUGGUGUACCACCCUGCGUUCAUCUAUCACGACCAGUAUGCCGUCAUUAUCACUAACACCAUUCAGAACGUGGGAGUGACCACGGCCGUGAUGCUGGUGAUUUCUCUAUUGUUAAUCCCCAACCCAUUGUGCUCUCUAUGGGUGACAUUCUCCAUUGCCUCCGUCAUCUUAGGGGUGACAGGGUUCAUGGCAUUGUGGGAUGUCAACCUCGACGCCAUCUCCAUGAUCAUCCUCGUGGUCUGCAUCGGCUUCUCUGUGGAUUUCUCUGCGCACAUCUCCUACGCUUUUGUCUCCAGCAAGAGGGGCAGUGGCAAUGACAAGGCUGUCGAGGCACUUUAUCACCUCGGUUACCCCAUAGUUCAAGGUGCUGUGUCCACCAUAUUAGGGGUGGUGGUGCUCUCUGCGUCCAAGAACUACAUCUUCAGGACUUUCUUCAAAAUCAUGUUCCUGGUAAUAUUCUUCGGCCUGUUUCACGGAAUCAUGUUCAUACCGGUGUUCCUCACGUUCUUCGACCUUUGCAUACGUGAAUCGCCUGCCAAGAUCACCAAAGAGACCGAGCAAGAGAGCCAUGCAAUGGGCAACAGCCAAGCCAUGUGCCCGCAGAAAAGUGGCGGGGAGGACGACGACAAGGACAAGCAGAUCUAUGUCAAUCACACGUUUUUGUCAGACAGCAACAACCAGGUCUGUCAAUCUCCAACCAACCCUGUAGUGUGGUCUGUGACACUUAACAACCAGCCUCCUCCCACGGAUCAAGUGUGCCUCGCGAGCACUGUCCCUAUGUUCAAGGUGGAUGGUGAAACGUAUGAUGUCCACAUGCACACACCCAGCAACAAUGCCUUGGCAUCUGAGACCUGCCCACAAAAGCAGGCUUCUCAGGAGGACCAUAACUGUGUUACAGGGAAUAACCUGCACGAAGGAAUUACCCCCGCUUCAACCAACUGCUCUGAGGUCACCAGCAAUGAAUCAAUUAAUUAAUUAAUGAAGACCCCUUUUACACUGUUACAUGUGAGAUAAUGUUUACGCAAGUUACUUACUGUUGUGCAAGUAUGAGUGGUAAAAAAAAAAAACCACAACACACAACAUUUGCACAGAGCAAACAGUGUUUUGUUAACCCACAAACAUUACAUGAUUGCUGGGCACAAAACUCUUAAAAAAUAGUACUGGUAAUAAUACUACUGUUUUUCAUUUCUUUAUGGUGGAAACAGUUUGUCUGUUUCGGUUUGGUUUGUGAUAAACCAUGGUCAGUAUAUUAUAAAACCUGGCCUCCAUUUUCCCCGGCGGUUUCAGUGUUCCUGCCAGGUCCUUUGUGAAUGCUUGUUUGGGACAAAAGAGUUGGCCAGAGUAUUUAAGAAGCCUGGCUUGGCAUUUGGGCCAGAGGUUCCCCAUGUCUCAUGUUUGUGUUUUGAAACAAUCUUAGGGUGUGCAUGAGGAAAGAGGGGUUAAAAAUGUGAAAUUGUACAUGUGUAAAAAAAAAAAAAAAAUACAAGUGUGUUUAAUGUGUAACACUAUUUUUCAAGGCUCUUUUUCCAUUUAGCUGUUACGAAUAACUUAACAAUUAAUGAUAUUUCCAAAAGAACAUUAUUGUUUGUAUUGCUUAAACUUUUUAUUUUGUUUAUUUUUAACUCAUCAUGUGACAUUUAUGUGGAGUAGAUGUAUUUAAAAGGAUGGAAACUGAAUGGAUGUACAGUAGGACAUUGUUUGGUCCUCUUGAUGUUAAAGUAACACUAAGUAGUUUUUUUCAACCUCAAUGUAAUGUUUCCAAGUCAGGUUCAAUGAUUCAUCAAUGUAUAAUGCAGCGGAAGUCACUUUUAAAUGUCCUUUCCCUCUCUUCAUGGGUGGAGCCACACUAAGCAUGUUUGGAGGGCAGUCUGUCUAUACUGUACCUGUAGAUCCUCAUGAGAGACAAUUCUGCGUCCAACCAGUAGGAUGACCGAAUAGCAAAAAAGAAAAAACCUACUCACUGUUGCUUUAAGGAGCAUGAAAAUGUGUGCCUGGUAUUAUACUUUCCUCUCUGCUUUCCACCAGUCGACAGUCUGAGGGGAUAUCUUUGAACAAAGUUCAUUUCAUCCACUACUUUGCACCGGAUUAGGUAGAUUAAGGGUGAAUUAAUAGCAGGCCAUACCAGCAGAGGGAGUUGCAUAGUAUAUUCCCAUGCCAAUAUGCCAUUACUCGAGUAAAAAACAGUGUAAAAAAACAGUGUCAUACAUUGUUGUCUAUGUUCAAUAUUAAACUUCAUAUUG